CGGUGGCCUCACGUCUCGCGGAUCCAGUGUCCCAUCCGGCGUGGACGGGGAUGGCUGGCCCGGGAGGUUCUGGAGGCCCGAUCGGGGCUGGGGCCCUGGCAGGCAGCGCGCGGUCCAAGGUAGCCCCGAGCGUGGACUUUGACCACAGCUGCUCGGACAGUGUUGAAUACCUGACACUGAACUUCGGGCCCUUCGAGACAGUGCAUCGUUGGCGGCGCCUCCCGCCCUGCGACGAGUUCGUGGGGGCCCGGCGCAGCAAGCACACAGUGGUGGCCUAUAAAGAUGCUAUCUAUGUAUUUGGUGGAGACAAUGGGAAGACCAUGCUCAACGAUCUCCUGCGGUUUGACGUGAAGGAUUGCUCCUGGUGCAGGGCCUUCACCACGGGCACCCCACCAGCCCCCCGCUACCACCACUCGGCCGUUGUCUACGGGAGCAGCAUGUUUGUAUUUGGGGGCUACACUGGGGACAUUUAUUCCAAUUCUAACUUGAAGAAUAAAAACGACCUCUUUGAAUAUAAGUUUGCGACUGGCCAGUGGACCGAGUGGAAAAUUGAAGGACGGUUGCCAGUCGCUAGGUCCGCCCAUGGCGCCACAGUGUACAGUGACAAGCUGUGGAUCUUUGCUGGCUAUGAUGGCAAUGCCAGGUUGAACGACAUGUGGACCAUUGGCCUCCAGGACCGGGAGCUCACAUGCUGGGAGGAGGUGGCGCAGAGCGGCGAGAUCCCACCAUCUUGCUGCAACUUCCCGGUGGCCGUGUGCCGGGACAAGAUGUUUGUGUUCUCAGGGCAGAGCGGAGCCAAGAUUACCAACAACCUCUUCCAGUUUGAAUUCAAGGACAAGACGUGGACACGCAUCCCCACCGAGCACCUACUCCGUGGCUCCCCACCACCCCCACAGCGGCGCUAUGGGCACACUAUGGUGGCCUUUGACCGCCACCUCUACGUGUUUGGGGGCGCGGCAGACAACACGCUGCCCAAUGAGCUGCACUGCUAUGAUGUGGACUUCCAGACCUGGGAGGUUGUCCAGCCCAGCUCGGACAGUGAGGUUGGCGGGGCUGAGGUGCCAGAGCGAGCAUCUGCUUCUGAGGAGGUGCCUGGCCUGGCCUCUGAGGAGCGGGGUGGCUUCAAGAAGUCCCGAGAUGUGUUUGGCCUGGACUUUGGCACCACCACAGCCAAGCAGCCUGCCCCGCCGGCCUCAGAGCUGCCAAGCGGAAGGCUCUUCCACGCAGCUGCUGUGAUCUCAGAUGCCAUGUACAUCUUCGGGGGCACCGUGGACAACAACAUCCGCAGUGGGGAGAUGUACAGGUUCCAGUUCUCUUGUUACCCCAAGUGCACGCUGCAUGAGGACUACGGGAGGCUGUGGGAGAGCCGCCAGUUCUGUGACGUGGAGUUUGUGUUGGGCGAGAAGGAGGAGUGUGUGCAGGGCCACGUGGCCAUUGUCACCGCUCGGAGCCGCUGGCUGCGCAGGAAGAUUGUGCAGGCGCGGGAACGGCUGGCCCAGAAGCUGGAGGAGGAGGCAGCCCCAGCUUCCAGGGAGGCCCCUGGUGCAGCUGUGGGUGGGGCCCGGCCGCCCCUGCUGCACGUGGCCAUCCGCGAGGCCGAGGCCCGGCCCUUUGAAGUGCUCAUGCAGUUCCUCUACACGGACAAGAUCAAGUACCCUCGGAAAGGCCACGUGGAGGACGUGCUGCUCAUCAUGGACGUAUACAAGUUGGCACUGAGCUUCCAGCUGUGCCGCCUGGAGCAGCUGUGCCGACAGUAUAUCGAGGCCUCUGUAGACCUGCAGAACGUGCUGGUCGUGUGCGAGAGCGCCGCCAGGCUGCAGCUGAGCCAGCUGAAGGAGCACUGCCUGAACUUCGUGGUGAAGGAGUCCCACUUCAAUCAGGUGAUCAUGAUGAAGGAGUUCGAACGCCUCUCUUCCCCACUGAUCGUGGAGAUCGUGCGGCGGAAGCAGCAGCCGCCUCCCCGCGCCCCCUCAGAGCAGCCUGUGGACAUUGGCACGUCUCUGAUCCAGGACAUGAAGGCAUACCUGGAGGGGGCAGGCGCGGAGUUCUGUGACAUCACUCUGUUGCUGGAUGGGCACCCAAGACCGGCCCACAAGGCCAUCCUGGCCGCCCGCUCCAGCUACUUUGAGGCCAUGUUCCGGUCCUUCAUGCCUGAAGACGGGCAGGUGAACAUCUCCAUCGGGGAGAUGGUGCCCAGCAGGCAGGCCUUUGAGUCCAUGCUGCGCUACAUCUACUACGGCGAGGUCAACAUGCCACCCGAGGACUCUCUCUACCUGUUUGCGGCUCCCUACUAUUAUGGUUUCUACAACAACCGGCUGCAGGCGUACUGCAAGCAGAACCUGGAGAUGAACGUGACGGUACAGAAUGUACUGCAGAUCCUGGAAGCGGCCGACAAGACGCAAGCACUGGACAUGAAGCGCCAUUGCCUGCACAUCAUCGUGCACCAGUUCACCAAGGUAUCCAAGCUGCCCACACUGCGUUCGCUGAGCCAACAGCUGCUUCUCGACAUCAUAGACUCCCUGGCCUCCCACAUCUCCGACAAACAGUGUGCAGAGCUGGGCGCUGACAUAUAAGGGCCCGCGCGAUGCUGGCCUGCUCAAGAAUAACCAUGCCUGCUCCUGCCUUGCCUGCUGAAGACUACACUGGCCACGCUCAGGCCUCAGGCGGAGUGGCUGGACCCAUCAGCCAUGGGGCAGGGUGUCCAGAGCCUCUGGAGGGAAAGUGGACAUAGGGGGCUCUGAAUGCCCCAUUUUACUGCCAAGGACACAGAUCCCACAGGGAGUGGAUGGUUAAACAAGCUCCCUGGCUGGCACCCUCUCCUCACUUGGUGCGGGUGGGAAGCAGGGCCCAGCAGUGGGGAGAGUCCACCACGGAGCUGGUUUGGGGCUGCCCAUCCAGCAGGGACUGUGUAUGGCUGUGGGUCUGGCCACUGGAUCCUACUGCCCUGAGACCCCUCAGAUAUGGGGCUACAUAGUAGCCCCUCAUCUUCACUAGGGUUGUUGUAAGGGCCCCUACUGUCACCCAGAGCUUGUGGGUGGACCACAGUAAUGGGCAGAUGAAAUACGAUUCAGGAUGGAUUUUGGGGUGUGAAGGGCCCUGAUGUGGGACUGGGCCUUGGCUUCCAGAGGGGCCGCAGGAUCCUAUCCCACUGUGCACACAUUGGGGGUCCCCAACUGCACCAGGAGAAGUCCGUGAAGGUGCCCCCCAGGUCUCUGUCCCCAAGUAUUUAUUCUGUGUCAUAGACAUGCCAUUAAGACUAUAGUAGUGCUACCUAUUGGACCUGAUGGGCACAGUCCCCACUGGUGGACUCAGGCCUUCAGCCUCCCUGAGCUGAAGAUGGACCAUGUGACCCAAGUGCUUGAGACGGGCCAGUCCUGUCCAGUCCUCUAUCCAUGUCAGCAACUCCCAGCCCCAUGUAGGGUUACCCAGUGAUACGGGGCAGGGAGGGGAGAGGGGCUGUGGCAGAAAUCCUGGAGUCCCAAGGCUGUCCCGCUCCUGCACUGCACUGGAGGGCCCUGCCCGGGCUGGGAUUGGGCACCACAUCCUCUCCCGCCCAACGGAAGGCCCUGUGUGAGCCCACCCUAAUAUAAUGGGCACUUCUGCCCUGGUUGCCAGGAAGCCACUUAAGGGGAAAACAGUCCCUCAUGUUUCCUCCCUCCAGUUGUGCCCCCAUGCAGACAUGGCACUUGCCAUUCCUUGGCCCUUGCUGGAGAGCCCCAGUGCUGUGUACAGAUGGACAGGGAGCCCCGGUUCCAGGGGCAGCUGUAAGGCUGCCAGCAGGCUAGGAAAUGGCCUGGCACAAGACGAGCCUUGGUGACCCUGGAAACCUUGGUGAACAACUGCAAACCGUGCUUUACAGUGGACCCUUGUAACUGGUCAUUUGACUUUUUCUAGACCUGAUAUGAAUAAAUGAAGUUACACACCAAGGA